CAAACAUGUCGAUAGAAAUCAACUGGGAUACCCUCACGACUGGCCCUGAUGGCGAAGCGCUGGCAGAAAGCAUCAGAGCCUUCAUCCAUGACCGGUUCCAAAAGAUCGCGCUUCCGCGUAUGAUACGUUCCGUCAAAUGUCACGCCUUUGAAUUCGGCAAUGUCGCCCCGACUAUCGAGCUCAAGGACGUCUGCGAUCCACUACCGGACUUUUACGAAAACGACGCAGAUGACAGUCAAGAAGAUGACGAGACGCCUGGCCGGCUCGACGAAGGCCAGCACAACGUUGCAACCCCCAGAGUCGAUGAAACACGUCCUCACUACCAGCACAAUGCCUCGUUGAGCCGUGAUGAAUUUCACAAUCCACGAUUGACAAAUUCUCGAGAGCACAUGGGAAAUCCAAUUCUAUCAAGAACAGCUACUCCAGGAAUCCUAGGAGGCACCUCCAACCUGGGCUACUUCCACUUGCCGCUAUCGGCGGGACUCUCAGGUACCACGACCCCGUUGGCUGCUGUAGCAGGCGCACAAUUUCACAAUGCGCGACAUGGCCCUUCUCAAUUGGCUCAAUCACCAGAGAGCAACUACUCCGACAGCGAGACACGGAACCGCUCGGCCUCAUUCGGUUCUCUGACCCCUUCCUCUUCAAAGUCCUCCUCGCGUCCAACCUCACGACAUUUGGAUUGGCCCGAGGAAGCCACGGAACAUGACGAUCAUCACUCUGAAACCUCACAUCAUGGACUUGGGGAGGAGCAGGAACGUAGUCCAGAGGAUGUUCAGAUGGUCUUUCACGUAGCGUACUGUGGCGAUGUCAAAUUGAGGCUGACCGCCGAGAUUUCACUGGACUAUCCAAUGCCGAGUUUUGUGGGCAUUCCGUUACAACUCAACAUUACCGGUCUCACAUUUGACGGUGUCGGAAUAUUGGCAUACAUCAAGAAAAAGGCACAUUUUUGUUUCCUUUGUCAGGAAGACGCCGAAUCUCUGGUCGGUGGGUCUUUGACAGGUGAACACGAGGAGCACAACAGUCAAGGAAGUGCACCACAGGGUUCACGCAAGCUAGGAGCGCUCCUGGAAGAAAUCAAGGUCGAAAGUGAGAUUGGUCAACGCGAGGGAGGAAAGCAAGUUCUCAAGAAUGUGGGGAAGGUGGAGAAAUUCGUCCUCGAACAGGUGCGUCGCAUCUUUGAUGACGAAUUUGUGUAUCCCAGCUUCUGGACGUUCUUGGUUUGAGAGACAGCUGUCACUGUCUGGGCCUGUCUCAACAGCAGCAAGAGAAGGGGUUGGUUUUCAGGACCCCAUAUCUCGUGACAUCUUACAGUGGAAUGAUUUCAUGGUCUUUGCUCUCCAUUUCUUACGCGAGCGACGAAAACGAGAACAAGUCAUAUUUUCGAACCCCUGAAUUCACUCCCCUCUUGACACCGCUUGUUGCGGAUAACUGUGAAAGCGCAUUCUGCAGGUCCCAAGGCUUCUCGCAGGCUGCAGCUGUCAAAUGCAAGCCUGCUGGUGUUACAAAAUGCGCCCAUCGGUCGAUAUGGACGGCUUCUUGGUUGCACCGCAGCUGGUGAUCACGGCACGCUCACCCGUUCAGGGCCAGCAAAUUCGACAUUGCACACGGCGAAUAUCUUUGCACACAUUGUUUUUCGCUGGGCAUUGUGUCC